GUGAAACUCAGACAAUUUUCGAAAGAAGAUGUGUUGCGGAGAUGGCGAUUGUAGGCCGCUCGGCUUCUUGCUCGGCUUGCCUUUUGCUUUCCUUUCUCUCAUCCUUUCCAUCAUCGGCGUAAUCAUCUGGAUUGUGGGAUUGACGCUUACUUGCAUAUGUCCUUGUUGUUUGUGCUUGACGGUGAUAGUGGAGCUUGCGCUGGGGCUGAUCAAAGCCCCAAUUCAUGUCAUGGAGUGGUUCACUUCCCAGAUUCCUUGUUGAUCGUUCAUAUUUCUCUUACAGGAAAGUUGGAGAAGUCUAUUAGUGUGUAAUCACCUUGUUUGUGUAAAAUUUGCAUUUUAUAUGAAUAUGUAGCUCUGUGAUUCCCAUCGCUGAGUGAUUCAGAUGGUCUUUUUUAUGAUUUAUUUUGUUCUUAGCUUCACUGAAUUAGGCUUACAUUGAUUGUUUAUUUCAUCAAUAAUCAAUAUAGAAUCGAAGUUUUCUCUUA